AACUUGUGCUGCAAUGUAAUGCUAAAAAUACAUUUCCUCCAGCUCCAUCGCACACACUGUAUGUAGCACUUGUUAUUUUGCCACAUUGGAUAGCAGCGUUCACAAAACAGGCGCGUGGACACCUUUACGCGUGGCUGCAGUUGUGUAAGUGGAUCGAGAAGAGGUUGAUGCACGAGGAAAGAGGGCGGUCAAAGUGUGACGGUAAACUGUGUGCCUUGCUCUGGCAACGGCUCCUCUCAUAACGCCUGUUAGACUGCGGCUCGCACGUGUAAUGUGUUGUUCGUCCACGGCGCAGCUCCCGGCAAAGGAAACGCAUGCUUGAAAAGACCUCCGCGCACUUGAUGCCCGCUUGGGUGAUGCCAUGCCCCGGAACCUCAACGGAGACGAAGGUGGCACCGGGCUCUGGAUGAGGACGUCGCCGGGGCACCGUACCGAAGGCUACGGCUUGAAAGAUGUGGAGUCCGGACGAAGGAUGAUGAACAACGCGGGAGAAAGUUUGCUGUCAGCAGGUGCUGCCGGGUCCGAGAGCCUGAGGGGGAAGCAGGGCGCCCGGCUCAGCCUGCUAGGGAAGCCGCUCAUUUAUAGCGCGCAGAGCGGCCGGAGGAACGUGCGCUACCGGCGGCUCCAAAACUACCUGUACAACGUGCUGGAGAGACCGCGGGCCUGGGCGUUCAUCUACCACGCGUUUGUGUUCGUCCUGGUCUUCAGCUGCCUCGUCCUCUCUGUGUUCUCAACCAUCCCGGCUCAUCAGGACUUCUCCUCCUACUGUCUCUUGAUUCUGGAGUUUGUGAUGAUCGUGGUGUUCGGGCUGGAGUACAUCGUCCGUGUCUGGUCGUCAGGAUGCUGCUGUCGCUACAGAGGAUGGCAGGGACGACUCCGCUUUGCCAGGAAGCCUUUCUGCGUCAUAGACAUCAUCGUGCUGAUAGCGUCUGUGGCGGUGGUGUCAGCAGGAAGCCAGGGCAACAUCUUCGCCACCUCUGUGCUGCGGAGCCUGCGUUUCCUGCAGAUCCUACGCAUGGUGCGGAUGGACCGAAGAGGAGGCACCUGGAAGCUGCUGGGCUCUGUGGUCUACGCACACAGCAAGGAACUGGUGACCGCCUGGUACAUCGGCUUCUUGGUCCUCAUCUUCUCUUCGUUCCUCGUCUACCUUGUGGAGAACAAGUUCAACAACGAGUUUGCUACGUACGCUGAUGCUUUGUGGUGGGGCACGAUCACCCUGACAACCAUUGGUUAUGGGGAUAAGACACCAAAGACGUGGACAGGACGGAUGCUGUCCGCAGGGUUUGCCCUCCUGGGCAUCUCCUUCUUUGCGUUGCCAGCUGGCAUUCUGGGCUCAGGCUUUGCCCUGAAGGUCCAGGAGCAACACAGACAGAAGCACUUUGAGAAGAGGAGAAACCCAGCCGCCUACCUUAUUCAGUGUGUUUGGCGUAGUUAUGCGGCUGAUGAGAACUCGGUUUCCAUUGCUACCUGGAAGCCUCACUUGAAGGCGUUGCAUACCUGCAGCCCUACAAAGAAGGAGCAGGGAGAGUCGACCACAAGUCAAAUUCAUAGUAAUAAACAGAAGCUACUGAGGAGCCGUACCACUCGGAAACAUAGUCAGAAGUUGAGCUUCAAGGAGCGGGUGAGGAUGGCGAGCCCCCGAGGUCAGAGCAUCAAGAACAGGCAAACAUCUUCCGUGACCGACCGGCGCUCUCCGGUGGCUGAGGCCGGGACAGACGGAACCAGCCCGGCCAAAGUACAGAAGAGCUGGAGUUUCAACGACCGCACGCGCUUCAGACCCUCACUGCGCCUUAAGAGCCAGUCCCGCUCCACCACUGAUGCAGACUCCAACAUGGCAGGGGAUGAUGGCUACGAUGAGAAAGGCUGUCACUGCGAGAUCUCAGUGGAGGACCUGCUGCCCUCAGUCAAGACUGUGGUCCGAGCUGUCAGGAUAAUGAAGUUCCAUGUAGCCAAGAAGAAGUUUAAGGAGACCCUCCGUCCUUAUGAUGUCAAGGAUGUGAUUGAACAGUACUCUGCAGGUCACCUGGACAUGCUGUGUCGUAUCAAGAGCUUGCAGACCAGGCUGGACAUGAUAGUAGGCCCACAGCCCCUCAGCAGCCGAGCCAAGACCUUUUCCUCCCCCUCCCUGCCUGUUUAUUACAGCAGAAAGAACUCCACCCAAGGAGUGGAUCAAAUCCUCGGGAAAGGCCAGAUCCCUUUAGAUAAGAAGAUUCGGGAGAAGCUGCUGUCUGACGGAGAUAUUUUAGAGGACAUGAGCAUGCUGGGUCGAGUGUGUAAAGUGGAGCGGCAGGUCCAGUCGAUUGAGUCAAAACUUGACUCCCUGCUCGACAUCUAUAGACAGGUUUUGCGCAAAGGCUCGUCUUCAGCCCUCACGCUGUCCUCUCUGCCUCUGUUCGAGUUGGAACAAACCUCUGACUACCACUCCUCCGUCUUCAGCAAGGACCUGUCCAGCUCCACCCAGGUCAGCGGCGGCGGAGUGCUCCCCCCUGGUGGCUGCGUCACACGCUCCUCCACCAACUCCCACCUCUCACAGGGCGGACUCCAUCUCAUACUGGCGCCACCCAACGAGCUCAACCUCAAUCUCAACUCCUCCUCUUCCACCGGCCUCGCAUCCUCCUCCUUCAGCACGUCACCGCUGCCUCAUCACCAUCAUCAUCUCCACCAUCCUCAUCACCCCCACCAUCAUUAUACCCAGGCCACCACGCCUGAAAGUGGCACUGAAGAGGCUGUGGGGAGUUCUCCACCCAUCCUCACCCCAAAUAGUACCAGCAGUGGUGGGGGUGGAGGAGUUGGAGACGGAGGGUUUCCUCUUCUGGCGAGGCUUCCACCUCCACCCCCUCCCGGCCGAAGUGGGGGCCUGAGCAACUUGCCACGAGCGACUUCCACAGAGGUGUCCCCUGACAUAGAGGACUUUUGUGGAGGUUUAGGGAUGCAGAUGGAGGACAGCCGUGUUGGGGAGGGUCUUGGCCUCGGGUUGAGAUUGGGCAGACUGGGUCAGAGGCUACAGGGAAGUACCAACAGCAAUGGCAGGCUGAAUACAAAGGAGGAGGGCUCCUGGAGGAGACAUAUGAGCCUGGAGCUGCAGCCCCUGGUGCCACCGGCACUAGGCUGCUGCUCUGACCCCAGUCAGAGGGACCAAGGCUUGGGCAAGUCCAUGUCAGUGCAGGACCUGAUGCAGGCAGCCCCAGGGACCGUCCAGGGCGCCCACCACAGCCACAGCCUCUCGUCUCCAAGCCCCAGUACAAGCAGUGACUCUCCCAUCGGCUUACACGGCUCUAGCCAAGACCCUGGGGGAGGAGGGGGCGGUGGUGGUAAAGGCAGGAGUGGUGGAGGUGGAUGGGGUGAGGAGGACCUCUUUAUCAGCGACAGGGACCUCGAGGCGCAGGAAUUUGACUUCCUGUCACUGGGGACUGCUGAGGCCCACACCUACUCGUCGGAGCUCCUGAGGACAGAGGGCAGAGCGGGGGCAGGCUCCCGAGGCUCCAGCCACAGCCUGACCAGCACUCACACAUCCUCGCCCUCUGCUGGCAACAACGAAUUGCUGAACAUGCCACACGUUCGUCUAAAAUAAACUUGCCUACAUGCUUAGAAGGCACACAAAUCUCACCUCACAGAGACGGUUUUUAUCCUUUUUGGAGGGCGGGGGCUUUGUUGUUUGUUUUCAUGUUAAUCCAUUUGAUAAGAAUCACAGUAUUUUCAUACAGGCUGAUCACAUAUGGCAUAUCAUUGCAUGAGUUACUCUAGUUUUAAAGUGUGAUUGACAAAUCUGAGAUAAAAGAUGAAGACUUGCAUAAUGGGAACACAGACCCCCCCCAAAACCUGAGACUUACCAACUAAACUUGGUCCUAACAGAUGGUUGGUUGAUAUGUGACCUUGAGACAGAGCAUGAGCAUCGCAUGUUUUCAGUCAAAGGUACUGAGAUAAGCAAGAUAUAUUUUACACUUAAAGUAAGAAGGCAUGGACAACAAGCACUUAUGGAAGACAACUUUUGUAAGUAAUGGUAAAAGAAAUGUGACUUAGUAUAAAAAGAUCCAUUUCCUGUCUCUCAAAUCACAGGACAGGCUUCCAUAUCAAAGUGAAUUAGCAGACCCUGAAACGUUCUUGAGUUAUGUGAUUUGUCACAGUGAACAUCAGGCCAUUUUACAUUGUUUUGUCGUUUAAAAUAUUAACUAGAAUUACCUGUGCGGUUGUAUGCCUCUGCCAACCAGUCAAGUUGCAAUUUACAUCCCUGUCUGUCCAAAGUGUCAUCACUUCACCAAUUUAUCCUAUUAGACAUUUGUGUGAAAUUGUCAUAAUUAGCAUAUGAAUUCUUGAGUUAUGGCCAAAAGCGCGUUUUGAGAGGCCACAUUAAACUUUGACCACCAGAUUCUAAUCAGUUCAUCCUUCAGUCCAAGUGGAUAAUUGUGCAAAAUUUGAAGAAAGUCCCUCCAGGCGUUGCUGAGAACUCAAAAACAUAAUGCGUCAACAGCUGUCACUCACGCAGAGGCAUCAAAACAAUAAAGUCACUGUAACAGAAAUUACUUGAAUUACUCAAAACUGCAAACUGAUUUACAUCUUAACACUGGACAUUAACAACAUUUCUGAAACACAGCAUGUAAUGUCCAAGUGAAUAACAGAAAAGAGAAGUGCCAGUGUUGCUGUGACUGCUAAAUAUUUGGACGCUUAGCGAUGUCACCUCUGCCAACUGUCAGCUGUAGCAUGAGGUGUGCACCGCCUUCGCAGCACAUACACGCAUGCACACACCUGUAUAGGCACACAGCCUGUGGAGGUUCGGCUUCAGAGUCCAGAGGAGAUAAACAAGCUGUUGCUGAUUUUUCAGAUCAAUCCUGCACGGCCAGUUUGUUGUUCCAUCUGAUGACAGCCAUGGAUUGAAACACAUUUUGAAUGUCAUUUCUUGGUUUGAUGUUUUGUCAGAAUAUGUGUUUUAGAGAAGCACUUUGUUUUGGUUAGAAAACAGAUACACUGAAAGAAAUGUUCAGAAAUCUAACUUUGUAUUGCAUUUGUUUUUUUUGCCACCCAUGUUUUUACAUGAAAGGAAGAAAUCUUCUUUAAAUCAUGGUCAAUGUUUGCUUUUUUUCAUACCUUGUAAUUGGAUUUAUUUUGCUUCUUUGAAGUGGACUUGCUGCAUAAUGUAUUCCUGUUGCAUGGUACAGAAUCAGGUGGAUAAUUAUAGCACCACAAGCUGCAGGUUAAUACUACCCAUAAAGCAUACAAAGCCUCAGUGGUGAAUACUCACACUUAGCUAGCAGUACCUCAAUGAAGACCCAUAUCAAAGAGCAGAAUAUAUGUGAAGGAGGCUUGGGGUCCGUUUGCUUUGAAGAAGAUUUACUUUCUUUCGGAUAUUUAAAUAUAUUUUGCAUGAAGAGGUUGUCAUAUCCAAGCCUAUCUAUAACUGAGAAUGAACGCCAUGUCAUUAAGACGAGUCACUAUUUAUGGUUCAAACUGAUUGCAUCAGAAGUAAAAAAAAGACCUCAAAAUGUGCAGCACAUACAGUAUAUUGGUGCCUUGCUUUUGUGGUACAUAUUCAUUUCCAUAUCUUCAAUUCCCUAAAAAGUGCAUUAGGUUCCAGAAAUGUUUGCACUGUCUUAAUUUUAGUUACUUGUAAAUGUUCUGACUUGAUGCAUUUUAAUUUUGUUUUUUAAAUUCCAAGAUCAUUUUGUAACUGGGCAUAAACAGGCCUUUGACAUGUUAACAUUCUCAUGUCUUUUAAUUUAUUUAAAUUAUGUGCACAUACUUACACACUCGUAAUAAUCUCAGUUAGAUUUAUGAAGCCUGUAAUGUAAUGGAAAUGCAAGUGAACUUUUAUUCUCAUUCAUCAAUAAAGAUAAUUCUAUGAA